AUGUCAUCUUCUUCAUUGCUAUCCAACCACACCAUGGAUCAUACAACAACUACCAACAACAUGAAUCACAACACCACUUCAUACAUUGUCUUGCAAGAAGCAAGUUUGGAUAGUCUGUGUCCAAUCCUUUCCUUCAACAAUUUUGAUUCCCUAGUCCUCAACACUGCACAUCAACAACAACAACUAUCGAAUAUACAUAACAACAACAACUCUCACUAUGAUCACAUCACUACCCAUCCACUGGAUGAAUUGAUAUCAUCUGUUGCUGCUGCUGCUUCUUCCCAACAUUAUCCUACUGUCCAAAAUUGUAUGAUUGCGAGCUCCUGUGAUCCAGCAGCCACAAUAAGCAAUUCAUGGCAACAAGCAUCCGUAGCCAUACAACCAUUCUCUGAUCUUGGAGAUACAACAACAACGCAAUCUUUGUCAUCCUAUUCAUGUUCUCAGCAACAGUUCUUGAUGAAUGGUUGUUGUCCCAAUCCAACAACAACAACAAGUCCAACAAAUUGCAACAACAACUCAAUGCCUUUCCUUCCUUUCAAUCAUCACCAACAAUAUCCACAACAACAACACUCAUUCCUCAGCAAUCUACAACAACAACAUACAAACCCCUAUCUCCUUUUGCAGAGCAGGCAUGAAGCAAUGACUGUACCGCAAAAUGUCAUCAAUCAGAAUGACUUGGAUGAUUUUCACUUCCUUUCCACAGAAGACACCAAUCAGAUCAACAACAACAUCUCGGUAUUAGAUUGUGGUGUCUCUUCAAAUCACCAAGUUUCAGAUGACAAUGAUUUCUUGACUAUUUUGGGAUAUUUGGAAGGAAAUGAUCAAAGUGGUGCUCAUUCAACCUCGAUAGCAACUGUAAAUAACAUUCUCUUCUCAUUGGCACAUCAGAACAACAACAAUAGUUUGAUUCCACACUCUGCAUUCCACCAUGAAGAGCACCCCAAAGACCAAUCCAUCCCCGUGACAAGUGCUGCUUCUUCUUCUCAUAGUGAAACCUCAUCGAGUGUGAGUAGCAGUAAUGGUGAAGUAACUUCUCCAAUUUCUCAAUCCCGGUCGAGUAAAACCUCAUCGACUCAUUCCAAUGUCAUGUUGCCACAAGGAACAACAGCCUCUAAUAAGGAUGGACCUAAAAUGUAUGUCCUCAAUCAUGAUGUCCAAGUGGAAGAUGAGACGACUGAUUCCAAACGAUCCAUCAUGACUCGUUGGUUUCAUUCCUUAAUGAAUUCCUUAAAUGAAAGUCAUGAGUGGUUGAAUAAUGAAGCCGAGGGUGGUAGUAACCUUUUGGAAAUGACUUGUGAACCUAAUGGUUUCACUGAAAACAAUGGCACUUGUCGUCCACGGGGUUCCAAAUUCUCUGUCUUUGUCAAUGAUUGUAUCAAUAUUAACAUGACAAGUAUUAUGAAGAGAAUUCAAAUGGUGUGCUCAACGAAAAAUCAAAGAACAAGCCACAACCAUAACAACACAACUCCUCAUGAGGACUUGGAAUCGAAACCCCUCCAUGAAAUCUUUAUUGAGGAAUGUCGAGUCGAGUUGUGCUCCUAUUUAGAUGAAGACGAUUCCUCUGAGGCCAUCAUGGUUGAAACUUCCGAAAAACUCUCCUCCGUAGUAUUGGGUUCUAAUCUCCAACAACAGCAGGCAGAAGAUUUCGAAUUCUCCAUGUACAACCCUGCAGUGGUCCUGCAAUUACUCAUCAAACGUGAUAAUAACAAUAAGCGAAGUGCUGCCUCAAGAAAGAAUAGUAUUGCGAGUAAUAACACCUCGUCUGCCUCCUCCCUCGAUAAGAAGGGAAGAAAACGAAAAAAAACGGACGGUGGUGCCUCCAAGAAGGUUUGCUUUGUCCGUUUGAUUCUUCAAUCCAAUCAUAGUGAUGAUGAUGAUGAUGGAGAGGACGUGAUCGUAUUGGCAAAAAGUGAUAACUUUUGGGCUCGUUCUAAAACCAGGCAAGAGAUGGAGAGAAAGAAAGAUCGUGCCUUGGCUCAGAAACGUAAAAAGUCUCUGGAGAAUGUUUCCCUUAAUGGCAGCAAUGUUACUCAACCUUCCAACUCGGAAGCAUCCUCCUCUGAUGAUUUAAAUGAAGAGGAUUCUACAAAUGUGGAUGAGGAGGAACUUGCCAGUAAAAAGAAGAAGAGAAAGACAAAAUCCAAUAGUAGCUCAGCAAGAGAGAGUAAUAAUCUCAAAAAGACCUCUUCAAGAACGACAAACUCAAGAAGAAAGAGAAGUACUGCAAAAACAUCAUCCCCAUCAUUGACGAAUUCAGCUGUUCCAAAUUUUACCUAUGACUCAACAAUGGUGAAGGGUGGAUUGAAUUCAGCAAGCUAUGGAAUGGUUUUUGAGAUGUAG